UUCAAGGCCACCGAAAGAAAGCAAUCCCUACCCGCUCGACUCUCUUCUUUAUAUUCCACUCCCAGCCGUUCAUUUCUCACAAUCAUAAACACAAACACAAAGCCUUCCUCUCUUUCUCUCAAAGAAUGGCUGACACCGGAGUAGUCACUGUGUACGGAAAUGGCGCGAUAUAUGAGACGACGGCGAAGAAAUCACCGUUCUCUGUGAAGGUGGGCCUGGCCCAGAUGCUCCGCGGCGGAGUUAUCAUGGACGUGGUGAACGCCGAACAGGCCCGGGUGGCUGAGGAGGCAGGCGCUUGCGCCGUGAUGGCGCUGGAGCGUGUGCCGGCAGAUAUACGGGCACAGGGUGGCGUGGCCCGCAUGAGUGACCCCCAGCUCAUCAAGGAGAUCAAGCAGGCCGUGACUAUUCCAGUCAUGGCUAAGGCUCGCAUCGGCCACUUCGUGGAGGCGCAGAUCCUCGAGGCCAUUGGGGUCGAUUAUGUGGAUGAGUCGGAGGUGCUCACCGUCGCCGACGAGGAUAACCACAUCAACAAGCACAACUUCCGGGUCCCAUUUGUCUGUGGCUGCCGGAACCUCGGCGAGGCUCUCCGGCGCAUCCGCGAGGGCGCGGCGAUGAUACGCACCAAGGGUGAGGCCGGCACCGGAAACGUCGUCGAGGCUGUCAGGCACGUGCGCUCCGUGAUGGGGGACAUCAGGGUGCUGAGGAACAUGGACGACGACGAGGUGUUCGCGUUCGCGAAGAAAAUAUCCGCGCCCUACGAUCUGGUCAUGCAGACCAAGCAGCUCGGGAGGCUCCCCGUCGUGCACUUCGCUGCCGGCGGGGUUGCAACUCCCGCAGACGCGGCGCUGAUGAUGCAACUCGGCUGCGACGGCGUGUUCGUCGGCUCCGGCGUGUUCAAGAGCGGUGACCCGGCCAGGCGUGCCCGGGCGAUCGUUCAGGCCGUGACCCAUUAUAGCGACCCUGACAUGCUUGCGGAGGUGAGUUGUGGGUUGGGUGAGGCUAUGGUGGGGAUUAAUCUCAAUGAUGAUAAGGUUGAGAGGUACGCGAAUCGGUCUGAGUAGAAGAAAAUCAGGGGUUCUCUUGGAAGAUUAUAAACAAUAUGCCUAGAAAAAUGAAAUAGUUUUUCUUUGUAAUGGAUUUAUUUCUGGGUUGAAGACGAUUUAGGGGCUCAUGGGGUCGUCGCUUUUUACUUGUUCUGUAAUUCUGGAAAUGGUUUGUGUUAUUUUCAAGUAUAAUUGUUGGUAGCUUAAUUGAAUGAACUACAUAUUUUUUUGGUCUA